AGGAAUUUUUUUCCUUCAUAGAAAACUUUCGUAUUUGACAUCAGUUGCGUGUAAGCGUUUCUCGUAUAAGUCAAUUCAUAAAUGGCGAAUAACGUAAAUGGAGGUAGUCAUAGUUCCAUCGAGUCCUUGAAUGGCUCGUGGGUAAAGCUGGAUGGCUCGUUCAGAAACGGCAAUGGGGCUCAGCAUUCUCCAGUCAUUUCAGAAGAUGGUGCGAUGGAAGAUUUACUUGCCGAGGCUGUCGAGGAACAGUCGAAACAAGGUUCUAGUGGCGAGAAAAGCCCUUCUAGCUCACCAAGUCCACCUGGUCUUCUGCGAACGGGUGAUCCAAUUCUUCCUCAAGAGCGGAACACGGACUGGAUUUGGGAGUGGUCGAGCAGGAUUGAAUCGCAACCUCCAAAGGAUUGGAAGAUGCAACAUCCGACAAAGAAAUCAAAGCCACGUGGUUCAACAUUGAGCAUCAGAAGAACUAAAGUUAUGAGAAGUAGUUCUGAACUGAUGAACAUCAAUUUCUAUGUGGUUGUUCCUGCUGUUGUACUAUCUCAUCUGAUUGCAUUUGGAAUUGGAGUUUACGUGGGUCGACGCAUGGUUCAAGUUGAUGCAUUAUGAUCAUGGUGACCAAGGGAAACAUGAAAUCUUUACCUGUCACUGGUUAUGAAGUUGUAUGCUGAAGAGCACAAAAAUUGUGGAUUGUCGAUAACACACUGGGGUGUCAAGCUUGGCAGUAUUGCACAACAGUAUUAUUAUUUUUGAUUUUCAAAUAACCGUCUUAAAAAAUUUUCUUUUUAAUUUUUUGCUUCAAAUUCAGUGUUUUUAAAUGGUAUAACCCUCCCUUUAACAUGGUCAGGCCUUCCAUUGAUGCAGACAUCUUCAGCACAAGACUAGUGUAAACCACAUUGCUGGGGAAUCUGUGUUAUGUGUGAUUUCUAUGAAAGGCGGCUACUAUAUAUAUGCUGUAGAUAUGUGUUGGGGUCUCUUAGAAGGGGUUUCUGCUAGUGGAAGACUGUCUGUGAAUUGAUGGAAAUAUCUGUUACAUGCAAGUAUAGGUAUACAUGUAGGUAUCAACUUUGGGGCAAGAUGCGUUUUAGUGGGUGAUAUGUUCUGCUGAAGGAGGCGUCUCAUUAUAGUCAGUAGUCUACUUAUGGGGUACACAUUGGCUUAAUGCGCACCAAAGGGUCUGUGUUAGGGUAGGCGUCUGCUUGUGGAAGGUUGACUGUUGAUUAUUAAAUAGUUUUAUUAAUAAUUUAUUCGUUAAUAAUAAAAUUUAUUUAAUAAUAAUUAUGAACAUUUAAAAGUCACACUAACUUGUAGAGUUAAAUUAUUGUGAAGGUAUAACUUACAAUUUUUUAUCAGUUGGUGGUAACUUUUAAGUUACUUGGAAAAUGCUCUUGACAGUUCAUUUUUAAUUUUUUUGUUGAAGAUAAUGAUACAUUAUUUUGUCUGAUCAGAGUAGAAGAGUGCAUUAUUUUAUUAUUACAGCUUACAUAGAUGCUUAUUACCUUAUGUAAAGAUGAUCCCAUGUUUAUGAAAUUUUUUGUUGUCUCUCUCAAAUUGUGAUAGAACUGGCAAAAUAAAAUUGUUUUCUUGUUUAUAAAAUUUGCUUGCCCUUGUUUGAGCAUUUAUUGCAGUGUCCUAGUUUAUCACAAUUUGGACAUUAGCAGGCUGUUUACAAGGGUGUUCAGUAAUAAUGAGGCUGAGACAGUGUAUCUUAUCCAAGUAUUUAUUGAAAUUGCUGUAUUGAGUAGUUUUUAAUAUAAUUGUAGGAGGAGAAAUUAGCAGAAAUUAAGUUUGACAAAUGACACCAAUUGGUGUCCACUAUUGUGGAUAUACUGCAUAAUUUUUAUGUAGGCAACAUAAAAUCUGAUACCUAAAAACCACAUUGGAUUGUACAGUGUAAAACAAUCUUCAACAGUGAAGAACAGUGGUACAAUGUGCGACAUGAUCUCAACAUGUAAGGGAAAGUGUGUUCAUUCUCUGUCUUGAGAUAAUUCAUGGAUAUUAAGUGGAGUUCUACUGAACAGUAUCCAUUAUUGCAUUUAAAUUUUUAUUCCUUAAAAAAGUUACUAACAAUGAAAAUAUUUCCUUUAUAGAAAAGCUAUUUAUAUUCAAUCUUUCUGUUCAGUGCUACAUCUUUUUAAAGUUAUUUACAAGGGUAUACAUUUUAAAUGCUAUGUCCUAUAUUUGCAUUUUGUUUCACCAUGUAAAUUAGCACUACCAUAUUAUUUGUGAUCUAUAGUAUUAAUUAAAGACUGAGGUGUUUACGGGUUGUUGUUGUUGUUCAAUUUGGAGUGACGAUUAUUUUGCCAUUUUUUCAUGGCUGAAACUGCCACUUGCAGCUUGGUCAGAACAGGCUGCUUUUGGAGUAUGGGGUGAACAAAACUGCAUUGACAAGUAAUCCAAGCUACUGUAGAUUUUAUUCCUCAGAAAAUGCAAAGGAGCCUAUUCACAGGCUAACCUGCAAUGUUUCAGUGGAAGGUACACCAACCUAAAACUUACCCUGGCUAUUGAUAAGUGUGAUUAAACGUUAAAUUGGUUGUUUGUUUCUCUUUGA